CUCUCUCUCUGCCUCUCCUCCUUCCCCUCCCAUAUGCUCUCGCAAACCCGCAUUAGGAUCUGUUACAGCAUCCACCUUCCUCCCAACUCCCUCCCAGAAGAGAAAGCGAGAGGAAGGCAAGGCAGAGCCUGAGAGAGAGAGAGAGAGAGAGAGAGAGGGAGAGAGGGAGCCCUGUCUCCUUUUCCUUCGCAUCUGGGGAAAGAGAGAAAGAAAGAGAGGGCGCCAGGAAGCGGAGGAGGAGGAGGAGGAGGAGGAGGAGGAGAGGGGCUCCGGGACGCCCAGGCAGAGCCCCCCCCCCUCCAAUUCGACCCCCGGCUUCGGCUGGGGAAGGAUGCGGAGGCAUGGGCCAAGCAUGCGGACACUCCAUCCUUUGCCGGAGCCAGCAGUACCAGCCCAACCGCGCCGCCGCCGCCGCUGCAUCUGACAUACGGGGCCAGCAGGUCUUCCUGAAGGCGGAGGAGGGCGGCCCGGGCGCAGACACCUUACAGGAUGCCUUGCUGAGCUUGGGCUCCGUGAUUGAUAUCUCCAGCCUCCGGGAAGUCAUUAAAGAUGCCAUUGCCUCGGUCCUCCCCAAAGUGGAAAGAGUGUACGUGUACCUCCGGGAUGGAGACGCGCAGCUGACAUGCAACGACCCGCCUCAUGAAUUAUCCCAGGAAGGAAAACUCAGGGAUGCUGUCCUCAAGCAGAAGAGAGUGGAAUGCAAUGGGCUGCCGCUGGCCGACCUCCAAGGGAAGCCGGUGGCCGGUUUGGCCGCACCUCUGGCCCCCGAGAAGAAAGUGUUGAUCAUCCCAUUGGUGGACAAGGAUUCAGGGACCGUGGUUUGCGUCAUCCUGGUGCAGUGUGGCCACCUCAGCGAAUCCGAUGAGCAGAACCUGCGAGCCUUGGAGAAACAUAUCCUGGUGUCCUACAAGCGCAUCCAAGCCCUCCAGAAGCUGCCACAGGUCAACCAUGUGUCCACCUCCCCAUCACAGAACUUGCCGGAGAAGACCGGAGAGGCCCCCAAGGACAGCUAUAAUGACCAGGACCGGAAGAUCCUCCAGUUGUGCGGGGAGCUCUAUGACUUGGAUGCGGCUUCCCUCCAGCUCAAAGUCCUUAAUUAUCUCAAGCAGGAAACCCGGUCUCCGUCUUGCUGCCUCCUCUUGGUCUCUGAAGACAACCACCAGCUUUUCUGCCAGGUUGUGGGAGAUAAAGUCCUGGAGGAGGAGAUCGGUUUCCCCUUAACCAUGGGACAUUUGGGGAGCGUCGUGGAGCAGAGAAAGUCCAUCACCUUGCAAGACAUCAGCUUGGAAGAGCAUAAGCAACUGAACAGCAUGCUGGGCUUCGAGGUGACCUCCAUGCUCUGUGUCCCGGUCAUCAGCAAGUCCACCUCCCAAGUGGUCGCCCUGGCCUGCGCUUUCAACAAACUUGGUGGGGAGAGCUACACAGAGAUUGAUGAGCGCAAAAUCCAACACUGUUUCUGCUACACUUCCACUGUGCUGACCAGUACGCUGGCCUUCCAGAAGGAGCAGAAACUCAAAUGCGAGUGUCAGGCUCUUUUGCAAGUGGCCAAGAACCUCUUCACGCAUCUCGAUGACGUUUCGGUCCUGUUGCAGGAGAUCAUCACAGAAGCCCGAAAUCUCAGCAAUGCCGAAAUAUGCUCAGUUUUCCUCUUGGACCGAAGCAGCCACGAAUUGGUCGCCAAAGUUUUCGACGGAGGAGUGGUGGACGAUGAGAGCUACGAGAUCCGGAUUCCGGCGGAUCAGGGCAUCGCGGGCCAUGUGGCUACGACCGGGAAGAUCCUCAACAUCAAGGACGCCUACUCCCAUCCGCUCUUCUACCGCGGGGUAGACGACAGCACUGGCUUCCGCACCCGGAACAUCCUCUGCUUCCCCAUCAAGGAUGAGAAUCAAGAGGUCAUCGGAGUGGCUGAACUGGUCAACAAAAUCAAUGGCCCCUGGUUCAGCAAGUUUGAUGAGGACCUGGCCACUGCAUUCUCCAUCUACUGUGGUAUCAGCAUUGCCCAUUCCCUGCUCUACAAGAAGGUUGGGGAGGCCCAAUACCGGAGUCACCUGGCUAAUGAGAUGAUGAUGUACCACAUGAAGGUCUCCGACGAUGAAUACACGAAGCUUCUCAACGAGAACAUUUUGCCCGUGGCGAACAUCGACACAGACUUUGCCAAAUUCACGUACACUCCACGUUCCCUUCCUGAUGACGACACAUCUAUGGCCAUUCUGAGCAUGUUGCAGGACAUGAACUUCAUCAGCAGCUACAAAAUCGACCGCCAAACCCUUGUCCGGUUCUGCCUGAUGGUGAAGAAGGGCUACCGAGACCCUCCGUACCACAACUGGAUGCACGCCUUCUCCGUCUCCCACUUCUGCUACUUGCUCUACAAAAACCUGGAGCUGGUCAACUACUUGGAAGACAUCGAAAUAUUUGCCUUGUUCAUCUCCUGCAUGUGCCAUGACCUGGACCACCGGGGCACCAAUAACUCCUUCCAGGUCGCUUCGAAAUCAGUCCUGGCUGCCUUGUACAGCUCCGAAGGCUCCGUUAUGGAGAGACACCAUUUCGCUCAAGCGAUCGCCAUCUUGAACACCCACGGAUGUAAUAUCUUUGAUCAUUUCUCCCGGAAGGAUUACCAAAGGAUGCUGGACCUCAUGAGAGACAUUAUUCUGGCCACGGACCUGGCCCACCAUUUGAGGAUCUUCAAAGAUCUCCAGAAGAUGGCUGAAGUCGGCUAUGAUCCCAAGAACAAGCAGCACCAUAGCCUCCUGAUUUGCCUUCUCAUGACCUCCUGCGACCUCUCUGACCAGACCAAGGGCUGGAAAACCACCCGCAAGAUUGCGGAGCUGAUUUACAAGGAGUUCUUCUCCCAGGGAGACCUGGAGAAAGCCAUGGGCAACCGGCCGAUGGAGAUGAUGGACCGGGAGAAGGCCUACAUCCCGGAGCUGCAGAUCAGCUUCAUGGAGCACAUUGCGAUGCCCAUCUACAAGCUGCUCCAGGACCUCUUCCCCCGAUCGGCCGAGCUGUACGAGCGGGUGGCCAGUAACCGGGAGCACUGGACCAAAGUCUCGCACAAGUUCACCAUCCGGGGCCUGCCCAGCAACAACUCCCUGGACUUCCUGGAUGAGGAAUACGACCUGCAGACCAUGGGAGAAGACAGCGAGGACAGCAUCAGGAUGAACGGCUGCCUGGAAGAUGGGCACCUGGAGGAGGGGGAGGAGCUGGAAUGAUGCCCCGCCCCCCGGGAGGCAGAGCCAGGAGGAAGCCCCGCCUCCCCCACUUUGCAGGGACCGGACACACACAAGUGCAACUUUUUGUAACCAGGAUGGGGGCUGAUUUUUGGAAACAAACAAACAAACACGGUUCUUAUUUAUAUUACAGGCCCCCCUCGCGGCAAGCGUUUUCUUCUCUCCAAGCCCCCCCAACACCUCCCCCACCCCAUCUCCCAUGAUGCUCUCCCGCCUCUUCCCGGCUUCAUCCAUUGACCCACAGGACUCUGCCAGCUUGCGGUUGUUGACUGCACUGUUGCGUUGUUGAAUUUGAUGAAUGCACAGCCUUCUCACAGUCCUCCUCUCCCCGGCUUCCCCCGCUUCCACUGCUUCCUUGGUUCAAACAUUGCAACAUUGAUCAUUGACAUCUU